GGCCUGGGCGAUCGACGGCGGCGGUGAUUUGUAGCGCGGAAACUCGACGGUCUGGAUUGCCUCAAGCGCCCAGCCGUAGGGCCUUUGUUUGCCGCCUUGAAUGCUGUGUUGCAUUGCCCUCUUUUCUCAUUUCUUCUUCUUUCUCCAUCGUCUCGGCGCCAAAGAUCUCGUUCGAUUCAUUGGCACUGGCGCGUUGCCCGAUCGGCGCGUGUGGAAUUCGGAUCCUCUUUGUGGCGAUCCAGGGCUAGAUCAGGCGGCGGGGUCGUUUCUUCUGCGGGAUCGCCGGCUGGGGCGCCCAGAAUUUGGCGCCGAUUAGGCCUCGCACGGCUUGCCCUGGGCGUGGAGCGGCAGGAAUUGGAGCAUUUCUUGUGCGAUCUGUGGCGGAUCAGGGAUUGGGCGCCGGGAGGGUUUACAUUGAGCUGCAGGAUGCGCAAAAGCCCUUCUGGGUCCUCGUGGCUGGCCGACUGGAGCAGAGAUCGAUCCAAAUGCGACGCUCUUGUCACGAUUACAGGCUAGUGAGUUCUACAGUUUAGCGGCAUCAACCGGGUUCUUUCCCUGGGGAUCUUAAGCCUUGCAUUAAGGUGGAAAUGAUGCGGUUUUCAUUGCAAUGACGAUCUGCAGGCCUGGUGCCAAGAGAUCAGCUUAAGAUCUGGGGAUCUUAGUAGGGAUCUGUGAAAGUGAAGUAGCUCGUAUCUCAACCAUGGAGAAGGUUAGCGUCACGUCUAGUACUACCGCGGGGGAUUUCCCAGGAACUAUGAAAAAGGUUAAGCACCUCAUUGAGUCGGAGUAUUCAUCAAUGGAUGAAGAUAAUGACUCGAAAGUCGAGAUUGCGAAGCUCGGCGAGAGAUCCGAUGAGGAGUGGAUCAAGCCCAAGCUCGAAAGAAAAUCAGAGCUUUUAGACGGCAAAAGCCUGUGUGGACGGCUGGCGGUGAUCACCUCACAUUCUCCACCUCGCAAUCACGCAUCGGAUGGCGCAGCUUCCUCGUCUGAGAUGUCCCCUGGUGCAACCAGUCCGUCCAGGAGUUGUACGCAGUGUGGAGCGACCAAGACUCCACUCUGGAGAAAUGGGCCUUGUGGUCCCAAGUCUCUUUGCAAUGCAUGCGGCAUUCGUUACAAGAAGGUUGGCAGCACUAAACGCACCUCGAACAGCAGCGAUCCACACGAGCAGCCACAGAAGCUGUCGACAAAGUCUCCGAAGCGUAAGGCCGAGGCAGUGGAGGAGACCGAGCGCUCACACGGCCACAGGAGGAGCCGGCUCGUCGUCCGCGGGGAGAAGCGCGAGGCCGUGGAGGAGAAGGCCUCGUGUAGCAGCAGCCAGGUGGUGUUUAAGCAGCAGUGCUCGUCCCGGCAGGCUCCGGUGCCACGGCGAGUGUGCACAAGGCGGUCGCUCCCCUCGGGCUUCCACACUCCAAAGUGGGGCAGCAGGUCCGCUAGAUUCAACACGUUUAGGAAAUCUCAUCAAACCAAGGACGAGGAAGAAGGCGCGGCACUUCUCAUGGCUCUGGCUUGCGGCCUCGUCAACGCGUAGCUCCUGAGAGGAACACCUCUCUCAGCUCUUUCCCUGUGAAGCUGGAAGAACGAAUCGAGAUCUCAAGCGAGCUAGAAUGAGUGGCAGGAGGAUUAAAAAUAACAAGAGCCAGCAAUGAUCUUUGCUUCCUUCACAACUUUUCGGGAACACAACACUAUCUAUUAUCAUGCAACAUAAACUUAUAUAUCAUCUUCCAUCCAAAAACAAUGAGCCAUUUGUAUAUAGGUGGGUGCUUUGGUAGUCCUGCUCUUUUAACCACUGUCGUUCCUUCUAUAGAAGAACUCCUUGUGCAGGCUUUUUGAGACUCUAGCUCUUUGUUCUCUUUUUUUUUUCCCUUCUAAACUACCUUAAGAUAUGAGAAAUAACAGAAAGAGUGAGAGAGAGAUGAGAAAGAGAUGAAAAAAGGUUUGUUUUUCUUUUUUUUUCCUUACUGUAUGAAGUUUCCAAUAGAGAAACGUGAUCAAUUCAAUAUGUUGCUAAACGA